GCGUAGGGCUGGGUUAGACCGCCAUCUUGGCUCAGACUAGCAGGUUCUAGCUGAGAAUCUGAGGAGGUUCCGACAAAGCGAGACCGAACCGGGGAUUUCUGACUAACUGGACCGGAACCAGAGGCCCGAACCGAACCGGACCCCCGCUCCGCUCCGCCCCCCAUAGAGCGGAACACCAGAAGUAUUGGGCUGAAACUUAAAGAGGAACUGUUGCUCCGGUUUGGAUCCAUGACAGUUAGAAACUUCCGCAAAACAGCCCGAACCGAACCGGAACCGGUACCACAGGACCGAGACAGGUGAUGCUGCGAGCCAGCUCGCUGUGACCGAACCGAACCGAACCGGUGCAGCCCGCUAAGUUUCAGACCGGAGCGGCUUGAUGAGCGGAGCUCCGUCAGUCUGACCCGGGUAACAUGUCCGCCAGGAGCCCGCUGCCCACCGUCAGCGAGCGGGACUCCGAGCAGGCUGCCUCUGGGGAUGACGGGCGCAGCGAGGCGACGUCCCGCUCCGUGCGCUCGGCCCGCUGUAAAAACUCCUCUGCUGUCUCUCGAGAUGAUUCUCCUCAAGUGGGAAACUACCGGCUGCUGAAGACCAUCGGGAAGGGAAACUUCGCCAAAGUGAAGCUGGCUCGCCACAUCCCUACAGACCGGGAGGUGGCCAUCAAGAUCAUAGAUAAGACCCAGCUGAACCCCACCAGCCUGCAGAAGCUCCUCAGAGAAGUUCGCAUCAUGAAGAUCCUGAACCACCCCAACAUCGGUGAGUCCCUCAUCCACCCAGAAGCAGACGGGCUGGAGAGGUCCAGCUGUGUUCCUGCUGUGUUCCAGCUGUGUUCCUGCUGUGUUCCAGCUGUUUCUAACUGUGAGAGGAAGAUCAUUCCUCCUCUUCCUCCUCCUGUCUUCCUGCAGGCGGAGAACCUCCUUCUGGAUGCCGACAUGAACAUCAAGAUUGCAGAUUUUGGCUUCAGUAACGAGUUCACGCUGGGAGGAAAGCUGGACACGUUCUGCGGGUCUCCUCCGUACGCUGCUCCAGAACUCUUCCAGGGUAAGAAGUAUGAUGGACCAGAGGUGGACGUGUGGAGCCUGGGAGUCAUCCUCUACACUCUGGUCAGUGGAUCUCUGCCAUUCGAUGGACAGAACCUGAAGGAGCUCAGAGAGCGAGUUCUACGAGGCAAAUACCGGAUCCCCUUCUACAUGUCGACCGACUGUGAAAACCUGCUGAAACGCUUCCUGGUGCUGAACCCUGGAAAGAGAGGAACGCUGGAGCAAAUAAUGAAGGAGCGCUGGAUCAACGCUGGAGAUGAAGCUCAGCUGCAGCCGUACGUGGAGCCGGAGCUGGACAUCAAAGACCAGAGCAGGAUCGACCUCAUGGUCCAGAUGGGUUACUCCAGAGAGAAGAUCACAGAUUCGCUCUCCAAGAUGAAGUACGAUGACAUCACAGCCACCUACCUGCUGCUCGGACGCAAGGCUGGAGAGGUGAGUGGUUACUAUGGUAACAGAUCAAACUCCACCUCUGGACAGGAAGUGAUGCAUGUCUUUGUCUCUCAGAUGGAUCUGGCCUCCACCUCCCUCCUUAAACCUCAUCCUUCCAGCAGCAGCCAUUCUCCAGCCCACCUCCUCAACCAGCGCACCUCCUCCUCCUCUUCCAGGCAUAGGAGGCACAGCGACCAAGUGAGUCCCGUCUCCUCCACCACUGCUGCUUCCCGGAGGGGCCAGGCUGCGGUGGAGGCGGAGCCAAAGCAGGAGGUGGGAGCCCAGAACAGGAAGCCCGGUGCCGGAGAGGCGGGCAGUCCGUUUCUCGGCAACGCCAACAACCCCAACGUAGGAGACAUCCCUGAGCGCAGGAACACACCUGCUGCAGCCACUACGGCGGCGUCGAGCAUGACCAGGAGGAACACAUACGUUUGCAGCUCCUCAGACUGCACGUCCUCCUCCACCGUCCACAAUGGCAAAGAGAACAGCUCGUCCGGCACCCCCACCAAGCGCUCGGUUGGCGGAGCAUCUACUCACAGCGUCAGCAGCGGAGCCACGCCCCCCGACCGGCUGCGAUUCUCCCGCAGGACGGCGAGCCGCAGCACCUUCCACGGAGGGCAGCUCAGAGAGCGACGCACCGCCACCUACAAUGGGCCGCCCGCCUCCCCCAGCCUCUCACACGACGCCGCCCCCCUGGGCCAGGCCAGGGGCUCCACCAACCUGUUCUACAAGCUAACAUCCAAGCUAACCAGAAGCCGCAACGUGACGUCAGAUCAGAGGGAGGAGCCUGCCUCCCCCGCCGCGCUCCACUCCAAGGACGCCAAGCCGCACUCUCUGAGGUUCACCUGGAGCAUGAAGACCACGUCGUCCAUGGAGCCUCUGGACAUGAUGAGGGAGAUUCGGAAGGUCCUGGACGCCAAUAACUGCGACUACGAGCAGCGGGAGCCGUUCCUGCUGCUCUGCGUCCAUGGCGACGGCCAGGCCGACAGUCUGGUCCAAUGGGAGAUGGAGGUCUGCAAGCUGCCCCGCCUCUCGCUCAACGGAGUUCGCUUCAAGCGCAUUUCAGGAACGUCCAUCGCUUUCAAAAACAUUGCUUCAAAGAUUGCCAAUGAACUGAAACUAUAGGGGACGGGGGCGGGGACAAGACUGACCUGGACAGGAAGGAGCCGCCUCUGUAGUCCUGGACAGUCUGAGCUGUCUGUUGAUUGGACGCUGGGCUGGGUGGGCUUUGCUGCAAAGCAUUAUGGGGGUCUGUGUUUUUGUGAAUGUAAAUAGUUUGUCACAUUUUUGAUUUUCUACAUGUGAGCGACAGCAGCUGCCUGAAGCUCCGGCUCACCUGUGUCUCAUUAAACACAUUGAACGCA